CCACCACCAACCGAGCGGCUCCAGGCUCCUGCUCAGGAAGGGGAGAAGAGGCGAGCCUUCCUUGGGAAGUCGCAGGAGGAGAGAAGGGGAACAAAGAUGGGGCGCGGCAAGAUCGAGAUCAAGCGGAUCGAGAACUCCACCAACCGCCAGGUGACCUUCUCCAAGCGCCGCAACGGGAUCCUCAAGAAGGCGCGGGAGAUCAGCGUGCUCUGCGACGCCGAGGUCGGCGUCGUCGUCUUCUCCAGCGCCGGCAAGCUUUACGACUACUGCUCCCCGAAGACAUCGCUAUCAAAAAUCCUGGAGAAGUACCAGACCAACUCUGGAAAGAUACUGUGGGGUGAGAAGCACAAGAGCCUUAGUGCAGAGAUUGACCGUAUAAAGAAAGAGAACGACACCAUGCAGAUCGAGCUCAGGCACCUGAAAGGUGAAGAUCUAAACUCGCUGCAACCCAAAGACCUGAUCAUGAUCGAGGAGGCACUUGAUAAUGGACUGACGAACCUGAAUGAGAAACUGAUGGAGCACUGGGAAAGGCGUGUGACAAACACUAAGAUGAUGGAAGACGAGAACAAAUUGCUGGCCUUCAAACUCCACCAGCAAGAUAUCGCGCUGAGCGGCAGCAUGAGAGAGCUUGAGCUGGGUUACCAUCCUGACCGGGACCUGGCGGCCCAGAUGCCAAUCACCUUCCGCGUGCAGCCCAGCCAUCCCAACUUGCAGGAGAACAAUUAGACUGCUGGAUGCCCUCGUUCCACUCGCCGAGGAUUUCACCCAGCCACCACCGCUGGCUUGUAUGCCCUCGUGCGCUGGCAACUGUAUCUUUAUCUUUCCGGUAUGUUUGGAUGAACGUAUAAUGUGUGUCAGUGUCGGUCGCAUGACGUGCCGAUGUCGUGCAUCUCUCUCUCUCUCUGCCAGAGCAGCGGAACUCUGCACCGUGAGUAACUUAAUUGGUACCGUAUGAUCUGCCGGACAGUGAAUAGUUUAUGUGAGUGGGUCAAACCAUAAUGUGU